CAGCUUCACAAGGAUUGCUGGUCCGUGACAGUGCGGGGCUUUCUGUGCUGAUCUACCAGCAUCGCACGAUCCCUACUCGUACUUAAGCUAUGCGUUGGACAAGGUAGCACCGGAUAAUUCGAGAUGUAGGGAGUCGUCCUGAAUAGCCCGAGGAAUAAACAGCAAAAAAGGAAAAAAGAAAGAAAAUGGCCGGACUACUUCGUCUACCCGCUGAGGGCGUGACCCUCGAGUACCUCGCAGCUCCUUUACACAAGGUGCUCCUGCAGCCCGUCAUAACCGGUGCUGUCCUUGCUUCAGUUCUCAAAUCACCUGAAACGGUGCAACGGCUUAUUGCGUCAGUCACGAAGAAAACAAUCGACCUUGCUCGCCUUACGAAAACCCUCAAAAUCCUGGUAGGGCUCGGCAUUGUCUACAGGCUCAAUCGGCUCCUCAACCGCGCAGUACUCAACAACUUCACACGCGAUAAAUGGGACUGGAGCAAAGAGAUCAUCGUGAUCACAGGGGGCAGCGGCGGAUUCGGAGAGUUGAUGGUCCGCAAAUUCUCCCAGCGGAAUAUCAAGAUUGUCGUCCUGGACCUGAAGCCGCCAGCCAACCCUUUCCCGCCCAACGUCCACUUCUACGCCGUCAAUGUCACCGACGCUGAUGCGGUCCAGCAAGUAGCCAAGCAAAUCAAACAGGAGGUCGGUGACCCAACAGUCUUGAUCAACAACGCCGGCAUCAUCACCGGACAAACCAUUCUAGGGGGAUCCAUGGAAGGAAUCCGUCGCACCUUCGAGGUGAACAUCAUCGCCUUCUUCCCGCUGGUGAAGGCAUUCCUACCGUCCAUGAUUGCAAAGAAUCACGGACAUAUCGUCACGCUGGCUAGUAUGGCGAGCUUUGCUACCGUCGCAUCCAACGUGGAUUAUUCAUGCACAAAGGCCGCGGCCCUUUCAUUCCAUGAGGGUCUAGCGCAGGAAAUCACCUGGAGAUACAAAGCCAGGAAGAUCCGGACAACUGUUGUUCAACCAUUCUGGGCCCGCACGCCCUUACUCGAUAGUCUGCCGAAGAAACCAUUCCAGCCUCUUCUGGAGCCGGAGACCGUCGCAAAUGCCGUUGUGAAGCAAGUCCUCAAAGGUGAGAGUGGCCAGAUAAUCUUGCCAGAACGGUACUGGAUUGCUGGAAGCUUCCUUCGAGGAUUUCCCAAUUGGAUACAGGAGAUAUCACGAGCAUUGCACAUGCUACCCCCCGAGGCUAAACACUGAAGGGGGUAAUUAUAUACUCUUUUGGCCUGGCGGUGAUGAUUUCUUGGAAGAAGUUAGUGUUUUGCAUUUACUUUAAUAUCCUGUGCAGGAUUCUGUACAUAUAGCUGUUGAGAUAUCCUUGAUCUUUGAAAUAAAGCAUUCUUA